AUGAAGAGGACAUCCAUCGUUAUGAACAGCUAUACCAAGAAGAAUUCAAAUAAGCUUCGACAACAAAUUCUGAAUCCAACUUCAUGUGACUAUAAACAUCAAAUAGAUAUCUUAAUGUACUCUGUCGAAUCCUGUCUAAAUAAUUAUAAGCAUAGACUUUUACGUGAAAUAAGACACAGAGAAGCAUGUUUUCGUACAAAUUUGAUCCGACAACGUCGUCGCCGUCGACAAUCGCUCAUGACAAACAACAACAUUCAGGUGCAUCCACAAAUUAUUGUCGAUGUUCCAAAAUUUAUUGUUGGCCCUGUUUUUCUUCUUCUUUGCAAAGGUCCCAGUUACAUUCGACCGAACCAAAAUUAUCUUCACUGUGAUCAACAACAACAGAAACAAGUCGAUCGAGAAUUUAACAGAACUCUUGACGUAAUCAUUCCUUAUUUCAUGCGUGUCUACCAUAUGUCACCAACAUCAACAAGCAUCAACCGAUUCUUCCAUAAAUUGGCUACUUAUCUAUGUGAGCAGUACAUGGCUCCAAUCUCUUAUCUUCAUGCUCAUCGUGCCACGGAUAAAAGUGGCAUAUUCCAUAUUGGUGACGCCGACGAUUAUGAACAAAAAGCAGAAGCUUAUCGAGAAAAAACGAAGGCCAGUCAAUUUGAUAAGAUGAUACCGAAACGAGAGAACGCUCAACUAGCUUAUCUGUAUUUUGUUCCAAAACCCCAUAAGGAAGGAGCACCAUUGAGACCGAUUGUGUCCUCAAUGCAUAUGCCAACAACUGGCAUUUCCAAGUUUCUUGAUCGACUCCUUCGACCGUUAUUUGAUAAACAUGUUCGCUCAACUACAAUUAUCGAUGGUGUUGAUCUCAUUCGACGACUUCAAGCAUACGCUGCAAAUGGAUAUUUGAAGCCAACAACCUAUUUGUGCACAUUUGACAUCACAGAUUUAUAUACAAUGUUACCACAGGAAGAAUCUCUCGACAUUCUGACUGAAUUUCUUCUAGAACAUGGAUAUACCAAAGUGAAUGCAGUGCCCAUUGACGCCAUUCGGAAAUUAGCUCGUCUCGUUCUCACAGAAAAUGUAUUCUCUUAUGAGAAAAGAUUCUAUCGGCAGGUGGUCGGCGGUGCUAUGGGCUCCGCAUUUACUUUGACUUUAGCCAAUGUUUUCUUGUGGAAAUGGGAAAAACGAUUAGUUCAACAGCAGCUAAAUACAAGCGAAAUCUAUGGAAGGCAUGUUCAGUAUAUCGAUGAUAUCUUCUUUACUUCGAAUCAACCACUGAACAAAAUCAAUGAAAUGUUAGAUAACGCCAACGAUUUCCAUCCAAAUAUCAAAUUAGUUCGGCAAAUUGGUAAGAAUGUAUCCUUCUUAGAUGUGCUUAUUGAAAAUGAUCAUGGCACAUUGAAAACAUCUGUGUAUCACAAAGAAGCAGCCGAGCCAUACACAGUACCAUUUAAUUCUGAUCAUCCUCAUCAUACCUUCAGAAAUGCCAUUGACACAGCACUUUUGCGUGCUGUACGCUAUUCAUCUACACUAUCAACUUUUCAAAAAGAACAACGUACAAUCAAACUAAUGCUUCUUUACAACAACUAUACACCACGGUUUAUCUACAGCAUAUUCCACAAUUUCAUCACCACUUAUGCCAAAACUUCAAACAUCCAACCAUUCAUACAUGAUGAAAAUGAAUUCAGAGCGAUCCGACAGAAAAUGCUCAGCAUUCCCACUAUUCCAGAAUGUCGAAUGGCGUCCAGAAUCGAAAGCGAUAAUGUUACUUCUGAUCCUGAAUCAGUAAAAACUGUUGUACCAAAAAACAAAUCCACAAAAUGUUCGAAGUGGGACAAUCAACUCAUAAUUCAUUACACUCAUGAGCAACGCUUCCGGACAUACAAACGAGACCUACACCAACUUUGGGAUGAAACAUAUCGAUCAACACCAAUCAUUCAUACAAGACUAAUCGUUGGUAACAGAAACAAUAGAACGUUAGCACGAGAAUUAGUACAUCAUCGACACAUUAAACAUCAACUGAAACAACCCAAUUGUGUCAAGAAUUUUUACGUUGAAAAUACUUUUCAGAUUAAAAAAAUGGCUAAUAAUACAACUCGAAAAAGGAUUCGAGAGAUCUAUCAUAGAGACGAUAAUAGUGAUCUUGAUAAUACUAUUUCUGAAGAUGAUAAAUCGAAUUCUGAUGCCGACUCAGAUUAUUGUCCAUCUGAAACAGAAUCCGAUGAUACAUCCACUGACGAAUAUAUUUCAAAAGAUGAUGACUCAUCUGAUUCAAAAAAAAUGGUAUUCGAUGGACAAAAGAGUAAAUCAGGUGCUGUUACUUCUGUUAAUACAAUACUUGAUGCUUUCAAGCUUUUCUUGAUAAAUGAGAUAUUAGAUGCAAUCGUAUUACAUACAAAUAAUUAUGAUCGAAGAUAUUGUGACCAACAAAACCAAAGAAGGAUCAAUGCUGGUGUUUAUAGAUCAAAAUUGAUUCAAUGGAAAGAACUCGAUCGUAUUGAAUUAGAAGCUUUUCUCGGCUUGUUAAUUCAAGGUGGCGUUGCUAAAAUGAAUCAUCGGUGCAUUGAUGACUUAUGGGAUAUUAGCAAAAGUUGCCCUUUAUUUUGUGCUACAAUGUCAUCAAAACGAUUUCAAAAUCUUUUACGAUUUAUACGAUUUGAUGAUCGUUUACGACGUGAUAAAUCUGAUCGAUUUGCUCCAAUUCAAUGUAUUACUGAAUCUUUUACAAAGCAAUUACCUCGUCAUUUUGUUCUAAGUGAUAAUAUAACUAUUGAUGAACAAUUGGUUCCGUUCCGUGAUCGAUGUUCAUUUGUUCAAUAUAUGCCGAAUAAGCCAAGUAAAUAUGGAAUUAAGUUUUGGCUCUUAUGUGAUGUUGACGUUAGAUACACUUUGGCAUUAGAAAUAUAUGCUGGUAAAAUAAACCAUGUUAUUCAACGAAACCUUUCGACAAAUGUUGUUUUACGUCUGAUUAGCACAUUACCUGAUCAAGUUAAACAAGAUCGAAAUAUGACUUCAUUAGGUGUUGUUGAUCACAAACGUUCUUUUAUUCCGGAUGAAUUGAAGAUUGUUCGUAAUAAUUUGUACUCUUCUUGGUUUUUCUUUUCUGGUGCAAAUACAUUAUUAUCCUAUCAAGUCAAACAGAAAAAACCACCAAUUAUCUUGUUAUCAAGCGUGCAUAACAUUCCUGAAGUAUUUGAUGACAAAAAGAAACUUCCAGUGAUGAUGCAUGAUUAUAACCAAACCAAGUUUGGAGUGGAUGUAAUGGAUCAAUGUAUCAAUAAUUACACAUUUGGUAGAAUUAGUAGAAGAUGGCCUAUGAUUGUAUUUUUCAAUUUAAUCGAUAUUGCCGCAAUCAAUGCAAUGACUUUAUGGUUGCACAUAAAUCCAAAUUGGCAUAAUCAUCAAACAAAUAUUCGACGUCUUUUCUUGGAAGAUCUUGGAAAACCAUUAACAUAUGCACACAAUACACGUCGUAGUGAACCAUCUGCCCAUACAUUACAAGUAAAGCUUGCAUUACAAUCUCUUGCCUUUGUAUUAAAACCGAAGUUAUCAACAAGUGAAGUACAUUUGGGAAAUUCGGUCAAAGAAAAACGACGGCGUUAUAUGUGUCCAACGCAACUUGGUCGUAAAGUACAACAAUAUCGUAUGUCACUCACUUUCUCAAUUGAAAGUUGUGCUACAUCAUGUGAUGGGUUGUCACAAUAUGACAAAUGUUCAAUCAAUCCUUCAUGUUUUUGUCUUCAUUCCGCAUCUUCAAAUGCCACCGGUAUUUGUGCAUUUCAAGGUACAACUUGUUCGGAACUUGCUGUCUGUACGUUAAACACUCAUUUAUGUUUUCAACCAAAUCACAUUUGUGUUCAACAUCCUCAAUGUCAACAUCAACCUCUAUGUUAUCCAUUAUCAAUGGCGACCGAUCAACUGUGUCCACCAAUUGUUAAUCAGAUAUGUUCAACAGCGACAUGGUCAACACACGGAGUAACAGUUGCUGGUGGACAUGGUCAUGGAAGAGAAUUGUAUCAACUAACAGAUCCGUAUGGAAUAUUUCUGGAUGAAAAUGAUACGAUUUACAUUGCAGAUCAUUCCAAUCAUCGUGUGAUGAAAUGGGAACAAAAUGCAACAAUUGGUCAACGUCUUACGGGAUUAAACGACGAUGGUGACACAAGUCAUCAUCUUCCAUUAAGUUCGCCACAAGAUAUUGUUGUAGAUAAAAAUGGUACAGUUUAUAUUAGUGAUGGAGGAAAUUAUCGAGUUGUUCGAUGGUUUCAAGAUAAACACAGAAGUGAAAUUCUUGUAGAUAAUAUUCAAGUGGUUGGUAUCGGACAAGAUAAUCAAGGUUUUAUUUAUGUUUCGGAAUUUACCAAUGGACGAAUUACAAAAUGGAAUUUUAAUGGAAAUGAAUUUGAUGGACAAAUUGUUGCAACGAAUUUACGUCAAUCAAGUCUUAUUUUUAUUGAUGAAAAACAAUCGAUUUAUGCAGUUGGAUCUCAUACGCAUCGAAUUGUUAAAGUAAUUGAAGGUAAUGAUGAACCUGUUAUUAUUGCUGGAGAAUCCGAUCGACCAGGUAAUGGUCUUCAUCAAUUUAAUCGUCCAACGGGUGUUUAUGCCGAUGCACAAGAAACAGUUUAUGUAGCAGAUUCACUCAAUCAUCGAGUCAUGCGUUGGUUAAAAGAUGCGACAAGUGGAACAGUGAUUGCAGGUGGAAAUGGUCAAGGUUCAUCAUCGGAUCAACUGAAUUAUCCAUCGGAUGUAUUUCUUGAUCGAGAAGGAAAUCUCUAUGUCAGUGAUAUGUUAAAUAAUCGAAUUCAAAAGUUUUUGAUUGAUAAAAGUUCUUGUCAAAAGAAAAAAUCAAUAAAAUUUGUCUUAUAA